AUAAACUAAGACCGCGAUGAAUUUUUGCGUAUUUUAUAUCGUGGUAUCGAUUGUGUUAUACGUUGAACGAAAUUUUUAAGAAUAAAUUUCUACUGAACACCAUUGGAACUAAACAUUAGGCGGGAAUUAUUUCAGAUAUUCAAUAUUUAUGAAACUUGCAGCUUAUUAGACACACAAAAUGGAACAAAUAAAUCAAAGCGAAACGAUCGAGCAACGUCUCUCACCCACCACAAGUGACGUACAAUAUGACGUGCAAGAAGGAACAGUAGGACUAACAAAAAGAAAAAACAGAGGAGACACAUUAUCCGGAUUAACUCACGAAUGUGGAGUUUUUGGCGCUAUCGGCACAGGUGACUGGCCUACACAUCUAGAAAUUGCUCAAAUCAUAACCUGGGGAUUGGUAGCCUUACAGCACAGAGGUCAAGAAUCAGCCGGUAUAGUUACAAGUGAAGGUAAAUGUUCCAUGAACUUUAACGUGGUCAAAGGUAUGGGCAUGGUAAGCAACAUCUUCACGGACGAAUCUAUGAAAAAACUGAAAGGUAGCGUUGGUAUUGGCCACACGAGAUAUUCCACCUCUGCAGCCUCUGAAGAGGUUAAUUGUCAACCAUUUGUCGUUCACACUGCCCAUGGAGCCUUGGCUGUAGCACACAACGGAGAGCUGGUUAACUGUGAUAGUUUGAGAAGACAAGUAUUAGAACACGGAGUGGGUCUAUCAACACAUUCAGACAGUGAGCUGAUCACACAAGCACUUUGCCUAAAUCCACCCGAAGGAGAGCCAACUGGUGAACCUGAUUGGCCUGCUAGAAUAAGACAUUUUAUGCAAUUGGCACCUCUCAGUUACUCUUUAGUUAUUAUGUUAAAGAAUAAAAUAUAUGCAAUAAGGGAUCCUUAUGGUAAUCGACCAUUGUGUUUGGGCAAGAUUUUACCUUCGAAUGAGCCAUUGUCUGGAGAGUGUGAUGAAAACCGAGAAGCAGAUGGAUGGGUAGUAUCUUCGGAGUCAUGUGGUUUCUUAUCAAUCGGAGCCCAAUAUGUCAGAGAAGUUUAUCCAGGUGAAAUAAUUGAAAUGACUCGCCACGGUAUUAGAACUAUUGAUAUAGUAAAUCGCCCAGAAAAUAAAGCGCAGGCAUUUUGUAUAUUCGAAUACGUUUAUUUCGCAAGAACUGAUUCCAUCUUCGAAGGCCAAAUGGUAUACGCUGUUCGACUGCAAUGCGGGAAACAACUGGCUAUUGAACAUCCUGUGGAGGCUGAUGUGGUUAGUGCUGUUCCAGAAUCUGGAAAUGCUGCCGCUCAUGGAUUUUCCAGACAGAGUGGAAUCUCAUUCGCAGAAGUAUUAUGCAAAAACAGAUACGUAGGACGUUCAUUCAUCCAGCCAAGUAAUCGACUGCGCCAGUUAUUGGUGGCUAAGAAGUUUGGUGCACUUGCUGGUAUGGUGAAGGGCAAAAGGAUUAUCUUGGUGGAUGACUCUAUUGUCAGGGGAAACACUAUUGGGCCAAUUAUUAAGUUGUUAAGGAAUGCGGGUGCAACCGAAGUACAUAUUAGAGUAGCCAGUCCGCCACUUCAGUAUCCGUGUUAUAUGGGUAUUAAUAUACCCACCAGAGAAGAACUGAUAGCGAAUAAGUUAAAUCCCAGGGAACUAGCUAAGCACGUUGGUGCCGAUAGUUUAGAAUACCUGAGCGUAGAGGGACUAAUCAAAGCAGUUCGAUCGGAUCUGAAAAGCAAGAGCAACGUCAAAGUUGGCCACUGCACCGCCUGCUUAACAGGGAUAUACCCAGGAGGAAAUCCGAUUAAAAACCCAGAUAUGGAAUGGUGAAAAAAAUAAUAUAUGAAUAAGGAAAAAAAAUUAAAUAAUUGCUGUUGCAUAAUGACUUUUUAAAAUUCAUUUACAUCUGUGGAGCACCUGUAAAUAACACAAACCCGGUAAAUGAAACGUGCGUUAAUCUAGCUUAGAAUGGGUAAUUUUAACGGGAUUAUUGAAAAAAUUUGAGCAAACAUUUAUUAAAUUAAUAUAAUUUAUUUAUAAAUGUAUGUAGGUUUGAUUGAUUUUAUGCAAAUACUCGUUUGAAUUCUAAUUUACCUUUUAGUGUAUAUUACGCUAGUACUGUUACCAAUUUUUAAUUAAAAAAAUCAUUUAAAA